UGGAGCACCGCUGCUAGAAGUGGGAACAUCCAACGCAUGCUUAUUCGCGAGCGUAAUUCAAUAAAGCACGUCGCACACGAGACUAAUCUGCAACCGGGCUGAGGCUGGAACUAAGAAAGUCGUUGCGCACCAUACACUGAAUCAUACAUCUGUGGUGGCAUAUUUGUUGGCAUAUUUAUUUUUCCUCGCUAGUCGAAUACGACAGCCUGACACUAAUGGGCUUGCUGUGUGUUUGGGCACUUCCUGUCCUGCUCGGAGCCUCUGUCUCUGUUUGCUGGCUGGCUGAAGGGCGGAGGAGCAUGGAUACAGCAACCAGACCAGAAAACCCCUCCCAGGGAUCACAGACCAGGAAGAGUGGACAUGCUGACGGGGUGGCCGAUCCAUUCCACUCUGGGUCAAACAGAGGACCCUGCAGGAGGACAUACUGUGGGAGGGGCCGCCAGUGCGUGCUGCUGGAGGCGACGGGCCGGGCAGAGUGUGUGUGCCAGGAGAAGUGUCGGCCCACCUUCGUGCCGGUGUGCGGCUCCGAUGGCAGGUUCUACGAGAACCACUGUGAGGUGUACCGCACCGCCUGCCUGCAGAAGAGAAGGAUCUAUGUUGUGCACAGCAAGGACUGCUUCUUCAAAGGGGACACGUGCACCAUGGCAGAGUACAACAAGCUGAAGAGUAUGCUGCUGGAUAUGCAGCCUAAAGGCCUGAACGGAGGGGACAAGAACAUGUUGAGAGACAUGGACCAGAAGAGAGCCCUGGUGGACACCAUGUUUAAGUACCUGGACGUGGACCGGGAUGGCCGUCUGGGCAGUGACGAACUGGCACAGAUCUCUAUGAAGGAGCACCUGGAGGACAGUCUGCUGGAGUGCACCAUGCAGGACCUGCUCCGCUACGAUGAUUACAACAACGACGGACACCUCACUCUGCACGAGUUCUACACUGCUUUUCAGGUUGUACAGUUGAGCCUGGCUGAGGACCAGAGAAUGAGCAUCUCCACGGUAACGGUAGGCCUCAGCGCCGUGCUGUCCUGUGCCAUCGAAGGGACGCUGCGGCCACCAAUCAUCUGGAAGAGGAAUGGGAUCAUACUCAACUUCCUGGACCUGGAGGAUAUCAAUGACUUUGGUGAUGACGGCUCCCUCUACAUCACCAAAGUGACAACCAUCCAUAUGGGGAACUACAGCUGUCAUGCGUAUGGAUAUGAAGAACUCUGCCAGACCCAUGUACUGCAGGUGAAUGUUCCCCCAGUGAUCCUCGUCUACCCAGAGACGCAGGCCCAGGAGCCUGGUGUGUCUGCCAGUCUGCACUGCCACGCUGACGGCAUCCCAGACCCCAAGAUCCUGUGGCUGAAGAAUGGCAUGGACCUGCAGCCCAGACCCUCCAAGCAGCUCUCCCUCAUCGCGAAUGGGAACGAGCUCCUCAUUGGCAGCGUACGCUAUGAGGACACAGGCGCCUACACCUGCAUUGCUAAGAACGAGGUGGGGGUGGACGAGGACAUAUCGUCUCUGUUUGUGGAGGACUCAGCCAGAAAGACACUUGCAAACAUACUGUGGCGGGAGGAAGGUUUGAGCGUGGGAAACAUGUUCUAUGUGUUCUCUGAUGAGGGCAUCACCGUGCUGCAGCCCAGCGAGUGUGAGAUACGUAAACACAUUGAGCGCACAGAGAGGAUCGUGGCCAGCUAUGAGGAGAUGUGCCCUAAAAGUGAAGGUGUGUCCCCGCAGCACUGUUUGUGGUCCUCAGCGGUCAGUGUGAGGGAUAAGUACAUCUACGUCACCCAACCCCUUCAAAAACGCCUGCUGGUCAUCGACACCCAGGCCCAGAAAGUGGUGCAGGCGGUAGAGACAGACCCUUUCCCGGUGAAGCUGCUCUAUGACAAGUCACAUGACCAGGUCUGGGUUCUAUGCUGGGGCAGCAUGCAGAAGUCCCAGCCAACCUUACAGGUGAUUCCCCAGGCCAGUGUUGGAGAGGUGCACCACACCCUCCGCACCCCCUUCCAGAGGGUUGAUGACUUCUUCAUCCCUCCAACCAACCUCAUCAUCACUCACGUCAGGUUUGGCUUCGCCUUCCUCAAAUCUGAACCUGCGGUGCAUAAGAUUGACUUGGAGACCUUCCACCGCGUCAAGACCAUCAGCCUGAAGAACUACAGCUGUGUGCCCGUCAGCAUGGCUUACACACACCUGAGUGGAUUCUACUUCAUCCAGUGCCAGUCUCAGAGCAGGGACCCCUCGUCAGCCCAGCCACAGCUCCUCAUCGACAGUGUCACCGACACCGUCAUUGGGCCCAACCUCAACAUCACGGGCCAGCCCUACGUGUCCCCGAAUGGCCGCUACAUCGUCACACCGGACCAGCAGCGCGGCAAGCUCAGAGUUCAAACAGUGUCCUUCCAGGGGGUGCUGGGUCUGAGCUGGGAGUUGGACACCACUCUCCUUGUGUCCGACCUGGUCUUCCAGCCCUCCUUCACUGAGUCCAACCAGUACACGGUGGUAGCUGCCUCUGGCUCAGGCAUGGACCUGCUCUUCUCUGACCUGGCGUCAGGCCACAGCGAGGUCCUCAGGAGCCUCAAGGAGCCCCUGUCACCCCACACCUGGCCCUGGGGGGGCCCCAACAGAGUGGUGGUGUCCAGUGGACUGUUUGGCCAGUACCUGGUCACCCCCUCAGCGGAGUCCCUCUUUGUGUUGAACGGCAAACAGAAGACGCCCCAUUGCGAGGUGUCAGACAUCAAGAGAGGGAACACAGUGGUGUGGGUGGGAGAGGUAUGAGAAAGAGGGAAGAGAGAGAGAGCAGAGAGAGAGAGAGAGAGAGAAAUAGAGAUCAGGCCAAAACACUUAAGAUAUAUGUGGACAUAAGUGGACUCAACCCUAGGACUGAGUGAGAGGAACACAUCUGGGUUAUUGUAACAAAAAUACACAAAAAAUUGUAAUUGAAAAAAAAAUAUUAAGAAAAUCCUAUUGUGAGAUUUUUACGGGGAGAAGGUGCGUGGCGAGGCCCUUCAGUGCAACAGUGAUCUAUGUGCACUGAACUAAGAGGAGUUAUACAUUAUUGCACUUCCUUGUAACACUGCAGAUACAUGUAAUAGGAGAGGGAUAUAAUGAAAACAUUAACUAUGCACAAUGCUCACUUUUUUAGACUAAAGCUUUUUGGUUUCAAGAUGUUUGUCGUUCACCAGUGCUGCAAAUAGUCACAACAAGAUGUCUGUCUGGCUUUAUUGUAUGUGUUUUCAGUCCUUUUCAAAACCACCGCUCCACCGCUCUCUGUUACUUGCCUUUGUCAUUGGAAAUGGUAUUGCACGCUUUCUCUAAAAGCUUUCAUCCUGACCAACACGUACAGGUUACUUUAAAACACAUGUUGUACCCUAUAAGUCAUAACCUGUUACUUUUAAAAGAGUCAAUGUUUCCAUCCAUUAGCUAAGAACGGUGGAUAUCAAAUUGCAUACAGUAGAAAACCCAUUAGAACAUGUAAUUGUACAGUAUGUCACGCCCUCCCCCUCCCUCUCACACAGUAAGCCUACUUCCAGUUUUGAUCUGGUGACCUCCUAGUCCUCUGUCUACUAAGUCUAGCAUUGUAAGGGUCUUGUUCAUCAGCAUGGAGGUAUUGUAAAUCCUGUGUAUCCAGUUUCUGCCCUAUAGCUUGUUUCCCAUUCUGCUCCAUAACUUAAAUCCAACUUCCCCUAAAGAAUAGAUGGUCCUAUUACACUAUUACUGGCUAGUCAUGUAUGUGAUGAGCUAGUUACAGCAAAACAACACUAUCAAAAAAGACAUAAACCGAGAUGAUCAGAUUUGUUGUUCAUGUUUGUGAUUUAUAUAUUUGCUAAUACUUUACUCAAUCUGACGCAGAAGCAAAGGCUUGAUUAUGUUUCCUAGACCACUGUUGCACUGAGAAAGACAUGUAUUUCAGAAGGAGUGAGGCAGAGAUGUGUAAUAUAUAUUUAAAAAGCUCAAUUCGAAGCCCAAUUAUUUUGCAGUUGGCAUGGAAAAACUAAAUUUCAGGAAUGACCAUAAAAAAGCAUCAGGCACCCGGACCACAGUACUUAUCUUACCACCAAUGCAGAGUAACUUCAGAAUAAUUAAUAAGAGUCACCACCAAAGGCUUCAUCAGGACCGAGUGUUCCAUAUGCAUGUACUGUCACGAAUUCAGCCGAGGCUGCCCCUCCUCCUUGCUCGGGCAGGUUUCGGCGUUCAUCGUCACCGGCUU